AUGCAAGGAGGAAGCACCACAGAAGUCAGGUCUGGGCAGUCAGGAGCCAGGAGAGAAGCUGUAAUGACUUCAGCAGUACUGGUGGACCUACGAGAUGAGGUAACCUGCCCCAUCUGCCUGGAGCUCCUGACAGAACCCCUGAGCAUAGACUGUGGCCACAGCUUCUGCCAAGCCUGCAUCACAGAGAACAGCGAGGAGUCAGUGAUUGGCCAAGAAGGGGAAAGCAGCUGUCCUGUGUGCCAGACCAGCUACCAGCCUGAGAAUCUGCGGCCUAAUCGGCAUCUGGCCAACAUAGUAGAGAGGCUCAGAGAGGUGGUGUUGGGCCCAGGGAAGCAGCUGAAUGUGAUUCUCUGUGCACACCAUGGAGAGAAACUCCAGCUCUUCUGUAAAGAGGAUGGGAAGCUCAUUUGCUGGCUCUGCGAACGGUCUCAGGAGCACCGUGGUCACCACACGUUCCUCAUGGAGGAGGUUGCCCAGGAGUACCAGGUGGGGGAUGUGAGUGAUGUCACAAAAAGGAGUGAGUUCUGGACCCUGAAGAAACCAGAAUCUCUCCCCACCAAGCUGAAAAGUAGGUUUCGUGCCCCAGAUCUGAAAAAGAUGCUGCGAGUAUUCAGAGAGCUGACAGAUGUACAGAGCUACUGGGUGGACGUGACUCUGAAUCCACACACAGCUAAUUUAAAUCUUGUCCUGUCUAAAAACCGGAGACAGGUGAGAUUUGUGGGUGCUGGGCUGUCUGGUCCUUCCUGUCUGGAAGAGCAUUAUGACUGUAGUGUUCUGGGCUCCCAGCACUUCUCCUCAGGAAAACAUUACUGGGAGGUUGACGUGGCCAAGAAGACUGCCUGGAUCCUGGGUGUAUGCAGCAAUUCAGUGGGACCUCCAUUUUCAUUCAGCCAGCAUGCCAACAGUCACUAUGUUUCCUCCAGAUAUCAGCCUCAGAGUGGAUACUGGGUGAUUGGGUUACAGCACAAACAUGAGUACAGAGCCUAUGAGGACUGCUCCACCUCCCUGCUCCUCUCUAUGACAGUGCCCCCUCGCCGUGUCGGGGUUUUCAUAGACUAUGAGGCUGGCACCGUCUCCUUUUACAAUGUCACAAACCAUGGCUUCCCCAUCUACACUUUUUCUAAAUAUUACUUUCCCACGUCCCUUUGUCCAUAUUUUAAUACUUGCAACUGUGUAGUUCCAAUGACCCUGCGUCGCCCGAGCCCUUGAACAUUCUGCUGUCCCUGCCCAUUUCUGAACAGCACCCUCCACCCUGAGGCUGUUCACACAUGAUACUCUUUUCUGAUUUUCUGUAUUCUGUGUUUUUAUUCCUGUCCUUUUAAACAUUUACUCACUACUAGGAUGCACCCCAUGGUGAUAGUGAACAUCCUUGAAUAAUUACAGAUCUUGAGGUGCAUAGAAGGAGCGUUCAACAUUUUACCAUUAGACAUGGUAUUCGAUGGGGAUGUUUUAGUUGAUUCACAAGAUGAGAUUUAAGGGAUUCUCUUUUAAUAAUUUGGUAUGAGUUGUUGCACUGAAUGAAAAAAAAGGAAUUCAACAGAUAUUCUGUAAUUAUUGGGAUGAUCAUGUGUCAUUUUUAUUCUGUUACUGUGGCCACGUGCAUUGAUUUAUUUCAAUUACUAAAUCUACCACAAAUUUCUGAAAUAAACCAUUAUUAUUAUAGGCAA